AUGGGAGCAAGUAAAAAUGGCCAUGUUUCAGCUCAUAUCGUUUUACAUCAAAUUUCAUUUUUAUUGACUGGUUUAUGUACUACACUUGGUGUACAAUGGCUGUUUUAUAGAGGAGCAGCAACAUCCAUGAGUUUUUUACCUCAGUUAUCUUCUUAUACUGGCAUGUUGCUUGUUGGACUUUUUAUACCUAUUCUCUUGAAAAGAAAAAUAACGGCUUACCAUACUCUGUUCCAAGAAGAAGAACAACAACAACAACAGCUAUCAAGCAGUUUGUUUGUACAGACAGGAAAUGAUAAACUCGACGAAGAAGGACUUAUUUGCCAUGUAUCUAUUAUCAAACUAUCAGUAUUGGAGAUCAUUUCCAGCUUUACACUCAUGAUAGGAUUUUCCAUUGUUGGAAGUGGUGUUCAAUGGAUUGCUAUUCUAGGCACUAGUUUUGGACUUGGCCUAAGUUCGCUUGAUAACUUUUAUCCAAAAGGACCACCUGUGCAAAUAAGUGCAGAUCAAGGUAUAGUUCUAGCGCCUUCAAGCCAGACAUUGUUUCAAGGUACCCUAAUGACCUUGGCUGGUACUUUUAUUUCAGCGUGUAUCUAUGUGUAUUCUGAUACGGUUCUUUCUAAGAACAAGUUACAACCAUUGCCUGCUCGUGUGUGUUAUUGGAUAGGUGUUUACACUUCUCUUUUUAGUUGGGUUUGGAUUAUGGCUUAUACACUUCCUCGAAUUGACACUGUUAUUCAUGUGGAUGAGCAUGCUUCUACUACACACAUCGUUUUAAUGUACUUGGUAGUCACUAUGGCGAGUGCACUUCAUUCUUGGAAUUAUUAUGAAUUAAUUGAAUCAACAGGCAAUGUAAGUUGA